AUGGCAACUCACGAAUUCACCAUUAAAUGUACAGAAUGUGGAAACCAAGUAAACUUAUUACACGUCAAGAAAGAUAAUCAAAAUAAAGGGAGACCAUUUUACUCAUGCUCGUGUGCAAAUUUCUUCAUUUGGGCUGAUAUGCCAGUGGAAAUGGAUAAAUAUUACAAGAAAGUUUCGAAUUUAAAAAAACCGAGCAUUAAAGCGUCAUUAUCACCUUUGAAAGGUCAAAGUCCACAACACUCGAACCAACAACAACCAACUAUUGAGACGUUAUUAUCACCAGUCAAUGUUCAACAACAAACUAACAGCAUAGGAAAUAAUAAUAUUGAUAACGGUAAUUUACAACAAUCCAAUGAACAGUGCAACAAUAAUAUCGAGGAUGCUAAGUGGCAAAUAACAAAUGAAGUCUUUAGCACCCCAAUUGCAGACGAACCGCAAACUUUGUUUCCAACUUUGACUACAUCUCAAGUAUCCAACUUUACUAAUAUUGAUCCAUCUUCACAAACUCCUUUAUCCAAGUCAAAUGAAAAUAAUAUUACUGGUUUACCGCAAUCGUCACCAAACUCAAACGACAAUACUAUUACCAACACUAAUCCUAUGAACCCAUGUCCAAAAACUUCGAUGCAAAAUCCGAUAUGUAUUUUUGAUAAAGAAACACCACCUUCUCAAGAUAAUCAACCCAUUGAGAUCAAAUUUGAUUUUUAUGACGAAAACUAUCUCAUUGUACGUGGAUAUUACGAGAAAUUAGUAAAAAAAUUCUGGCGUGGAUAUAAAUAUUCAACAUUUAGCCCCAUGGAAAAAGGCUGGAAAAUACCACUCGAGUAUUACGAACACUGUAUCAAAGAACUCAAAAAAUUAGAUUUUAAGGUCACUUUCAAUACUUUUCCCCCACACAUUAUCAAACUUUUUGCGAAUUCCGAUGAAAAAUUGUCUAAUGAACAAGUGGAGGCUGACAUUACAACAAAAAUCUCAUCAGCUCUAUGGAAUAUAUUAAUGCCAUUCCAAAAGGAAGGUGUCAUUAAGGCAAUAAUGAAAGGGGGCAGAGUUCUAAUCGGGGAUGAAAUGGGACUGGGCAAAACUCUUCAAGCCUUGACUAUUUGCUCGUAUUAUGACGAAUGGCCUGUAUUAGUUAUAUGCCCAUCUAGCUUACGAUUGACGUGGUCAAGUGAGAUUCAACGAUGGUUACAAAUAUCUGAGUACGAUAUACAAGUCAUUUUUCAUGGAUCUGAUAAAUUGUACAAUCCUAUGGCGAAGUUUGUUAUCAUUAGUUAUGAUCUUUGUAGAAAAAUGGGCGAAGGUUUUCGUAGUAAAUUCAAAGUUGUAGUUGCCGAUGAGGCCCAUUAUUUGAAAAAUCGAUCAGCGCAAAGAUCACAAAUCUCCAUAAAAUUGAUCCAGGAGUCCAGUAGAGCAAUUCUAUUGACCGGUACUCCAGCACUUUCUAGGGCAGAAGAACUUUUUAGUCUCCUUGGGGCGUUAAACAAAAAAUUAUUUUCAAAUUUUAAUCAAUUUGCCAAUUGUUAUUGUGAUCGUAAAUUCAUGCAAUAUGGUGGAAAAGCGUAUUGGAACAAUAAAGGAAGCAAGAAUUUAAAAGAACUGCAUUGGGUACUAGCAAAAACCAUAUUAAUACGGAGAUUGAAGAAAGAUGUCGAAUUACAACUACCAAAAAAAACACGAGCAAUAAUAAAAAUAAAAAUUGACAAAAAAGCAAUGAAACCAAUAGCAGAGCUAAAAUCGAAAAAAGCGCAAAUCGAUGAAAAAGAAGAGAAAAUUUUACAUCAAAUCGAGUCUGAAGACGAGGAACAUGCUCUUAGCAUAAAGAGAGAAAAACAGCGUAUACUAACUGAGAUGUGGGAAACAACGGCAGUGAUAAAAAUGCCUGGAAUACUUGAAUACGUCAAACAAUUGUACGAAUCAACUGAAAAGAAGUUUCUCGUGUUUGCGCACCACCAAGUUGUUCUCGAUGGGUGUUCAAGAGAGUUUGAGAAAGAGUCAAUAAAAUAUGUACGAAUUGAUGGAUCUGUGCCGUCUGCCAAACGACAAGCUUUAGUCGAUCAAUUCCAAAACGAUAGUAGCAUCCGGAUAGCACUUCUCAGUAUCACUGCGGCCAAUACUGGAUUGACUUUGACUGCUGCUGAUCUAGUGGUUUUUGCGGAGCUUUACUGGACUCCCGCAGAACUAUUACAGGCAGAAGAUAGAGCUCAUAGAAUAGGCAGAAAUGACCAAGUUGACAUAAAAUAUAUUCUGGCAGAUGGUACUGCAGAUGAUAUCCUAUGGCCUCUUGUAAAGAAAAAACUACAGAUUGUAGGACUCAUGCUGGAUAACUCGACCGAUAAGAUUAAUAUUAAUGAAGGCACAACGUUUGGUCGUCGAGAAAGCAAUUGUUCUGAUGAUUUCUUAGAAUGGAUGAUUAAUGAGACGGAAGAUGCUGCUGCUGUUAAAGAAACAGUAGAAUCCUUAAUGCCACCACCAAGAAUAGUAGGAAAGUCAUCACCUUCAAGAAACAUUAAACGACCAAUAGAACCUUCAUCUUCAUCAAGAGGCGUAAAACGCACUCAACAAAAUUUGGACUG